GCUGAAAGGCUAGAAGUAUUCACAGAAUACCAUAGGCAGAAGAGGAGGAAGAAAAAGCAAAAAAAAAGACUGCUUUUGGCAGUUGUGCCUUUUGUUAACUCUGCAGAAGCGGCAGAGAAGGAAUAACAAAGGCUUCAUUUCCUUUCUGUCCCUGUAUAACAAUGUCAGUAUCUGGCAAGAAAGAGUUUGAUGUGAAACAGAUCCUAAGGCUACGCUGGAGGUGGUUUAGUCAUCCUUCUCAAGGUUCAACAAGCAGUGGAAGCUGCCUUCAGCAGGAAGGAUAUGAGCAUAGAGGGACUCCGGUUCAGGGUAGAUUGAAAAACCACUCUCGAGACAGAAACGGACUGAAGAAAAGCAACAGUCCUAUUCACCACAACAUACUGGCACCAGUGCCAGGACCAGCCCCAGACCAUCAAAGAGUUCUUCAGAAUUGGCACCAGAAAAACCUACUAAAACAUCUUAAAGCAAAUGAAGAUACUCCUAAAGCAGUUCCAGAGGAUAAUUUAUUCCAAGAACCAUAUAAGAAAUGCUCACAGAAUUUGGAGAUGAUGAUUGACAAUAACAUAGAAGAUUUUACAGUCAGAUUAGAUACUCAGCAUCCCAAAGAAAUGAAUGUCAGCAUAUCUGAGGAGCAUUUCCAUUCUGAAAAUCAUGCAGAGCAAACUCUACGUAAAAUGGAGAACUACUUGAAAGAGAAAAAACUAUGCGAUGUGCUACUGAUUGCAGGACACCUCCGAAUACCAGCCCAUCGGUUGGUUCUCAGUGCAGUGUCUGAUUAUUUUGCUGCAAUGUUUACUCAUGAUGUACUUGAAGCCAAACAAAAAGAGAUCAAGAUGGAAGGAGUGGAUCCAAAUGCACUUAAUUCAUUGGUGCAAUAUGCUUACACUGGUGUCUUGCAACUGAAAGAAGAAACUAUCGAAAGUUUGCUGGCUGCAGCUUGUCUCCUGCAGCUGACUCAAGUCAUAGAAGUAUGCAGCAAUUUUCUCAUAAAGCAGCUCCAUCCUUCAAACUGUUUAGGGAUUCGAUCCUUUGGAGAUGCCCAGGGAUGCAUGGAGCUCCUGAAUGUGGCACACAAAUAUACAAUGGAAAACUUCAUUGAGGUGAUAAAGAACCAAGAAUUUCUCCUGCUUCCAGCUAAUGAAAUGUCAAAGCUUCUGUGCAGUGAUGAUAUUAAUGUACCCAAUGAAGAGACCAUUUUCAAUGCUCUAAUGCAGUGGGUGGGACAUGAUAUGCAGGCUAGGCAACGAGACCUGGCGAUGCUACUUUCUUACAUCAGACUUCCAUUACUUUCACCACAGUUACUGGCUGAUCUUGAAAACAGCUCCAUGUUUUCUGGUGAUCUUGAAUGUCAAAAGCUUCUGAUAGAAGCUAUGAAAUAUCAUCUCUUACCUGAAAGACGACCCAUGAUGCAAAGCCCUCGGACCAAGCCUAGAAAAUCAACUGUGGGGGCACUUUAUGCUGUGGGAGGCAUGCAUGCAAUGAAAGGUACCACUACAAUAGAAAAAUAUGACCUCAGGACUAACAGCUGGCUACAUAUUGGCACGAUGAAUGGUCCUAGACUUCAAUUUGGUGUUGCAGUUAUUGAUAAUAAGCUCUAUGUUGUGGGAGGAAGAGAUGGCUUAAAAACAUUGAAUACUGUAGAAUGUUUUAAUCCAGUUGGCAAAGUCUGGUCUGUAAUGCCACCCAUGUCAACACAUAGACAUGGUUUAGGUGUAGCUACACUUGAAGGACCAAUGUAUGCUGUUGGUGGCCAUGAUGGAUGGAGUUAUCUAAGUACAGUGGAAAGAUGGGAUCCUGAUGGACGUCAGUGGAAUUAUGUGGCCAGUAUGUCAACUCCUAGAAGCACUGUUGGUGUUGCUGCAUUAAAUAACAAGUUAUAUGCUAUUGGUGGACGUGAUGGAAGUUCCUGCCUCAAAUCAAUGGAAUGCUUUGACCCUCACACUAACAAAUGGAGUCUGUGUGCUCCAAUGUCCAAAAGACGUGGAGGUGUGGGAGUUGCAGCAUACAAUGGAUUCAUAUACGUUGUAGGGGGUCAUGAUGCUCCAGCUUCUAAUCAUUGCUCCAGACUUUCUGACUAUGUGGAACGGUAUGAUCCAAAAGCUGAUGCAUGGUCAACUGUGGCAUCUCUGAGAAUUCCUCGAGAUGCUGUUGCUGUAUGCUCCCUUGGAGAUAAACUUUAUGCUGUUGGAGGAUAUGAUGGACAUACUUAUUUGAACACUGUUGAGUCAUACGAUGCACAGGAAAAUGAGUGGAAGGAGGAAGCUCCUGUUAACAUUGGAAGAGCUGGUGCAUGUCUUAUUGUGGUGAAACUGCCAUGA